AUAUACUUAUAAUACAUUCAGGUCAAUAUCAAAAUUAUGGAAUCAGCGCAAUCUCUUGCGCUCUUCCUAGACAAAAAUUUCAGAUUUUAUCAGAGCAUAAUACUAUGUGAAAGCAUUUUAAAUUUAUUAGUGUUAGCAUUUUUCGAAUAUAAUUUUGUAAAAUAUGACCGUGAUCUGAUUUAUUGGUGGGAAGCAUUCAUUCAAAGUCUAAUAGAUGGGAACUACCAUAUAUUUGCAGUAAUUAUAACGUUUUUCAUUAUUCAAAUAGUUUUGGUGUCUUACGCCUAUCGUUUGUCAAAACGCGAUUUAUCCAAAUCUGUACUUGCCAGUGAAGCUCAGCCUAUUGACAGACAAAACUAUGCAACUUACAUAUAUAUAAAACUAAUUGCUGACAUACAGGAUAUCGAGGAGAAGUAUUUCUCUCUAUCACAUGAUGACUGCAAGAACCGACUGCAAGAUGAAACUUUUUAUGAAAUGGAAACUUUGCAAACAGCUCAUAAAGAAAUUCAAAAUGCAAUCGAAGAGUUCCGACAAAAUGCUAGAAAAGUUUUUAUGCUCACAGAAUUGGAACAGAAUUUUCCAUUAGAUGUCGUGUUUGGCACAGAUCCAACCAACAAACGUUUAGAGCCAUUCUACACCAAAGGAGUUCAAGCUGAUAUUGCAUUUCUUCGAACCUUGUUAGAACCUGAAUAAUUUUCAAAUAUCUAUUUAACGCAACGAAUGAACAGCUUUGGAUAAGAUAAAGAUAAAACAGAACACCAAUACAAUUUCUUAUACACCGCAACUUCAUGACAGAUUUUUGUAUAAUCACCUAUUCUAAAAAACUUUAUAUGUCAAUAUAGCUUGACUGUUGAAAUAUCGGAGUUUUAAGUUGCAAAAUACAGGAUGAAAAAUCCGAAAGCAUAUCAUAGGAUCCAAGUUAGGAAACUGUUAUCGUACCAAAAAUCUAAAAAAAGUUCUUUUCUUCACCAAUCAUGUUGAUAAAAUUAUAUCUUUUUGUUAUCUCAUGAUCCAUAAUUAAAGAGAAUAUUUUACUUGACUUGGUACAAACUAUUUAUGACUAAACUAAAUGGUGGACGCAGUUUGUAUUAGAACUCUUCCAGUUCAUCAGAGUGAAAGUAGUGGAGACUAAUUCAACCCUCAUGACACCUAUUCGCAAAAUAAUCAAGUCAUCCUGACCUAAAUUAGUGGAUAUUUUAUUAACAUUAUUUACUAAUAAAAGGAAAAUGAUCAUGUGAAACUAUACCAUAAAGUUCAAAGCUUAUGACAGUAGUUUAUUAUUAACUCAAGAAAAGAAAUUAGAAAUAAACAGGAUAACAGUUCCCAACGGAUUCCAUAUAACUGGUCACAAGAACAACUGGGAAAACAAAAUGGCAAUUACAACGAUUACUGAUAUUUGCUUAUCAAUAACACAAGAACAUGAUCACUUCUAAACCAAAAGCAUUUAACUUAAUCAUUCAGAUAAUAUGUAGACAAAAGGUAUUAUGGAGUUAGUUAAUUAGUAACCUCCCAAGUUAUAUGAAUCUUUAAAAUAGACCUUUGCACCUUUGCAGAUUUUGCAAACAUAUUCAAACUCUUUAAAAAACAAAUGCAACUAAGAUCGCAAUAUUAUAGAUCUUCAAAAUAUGAGUCCAUAAAUCAUAUCACAAUAAUGUUUUCAAAAUUUAUU